AUGUUGCACUUGCUAUAUGAGCUGGUCGGACGGCACUUGCCGUCUGAGUACCUAGCUUUCUACAUCCUAGUUCCACUCACCAUUGCUGUCGUGCAUAGCUGGGCUCGCGGUCCAGCGCUUCUCGCACGUGAAGAGCGCUUGGAAGCACAGCAGCGACGUAUUCAGGAAAAGAACGACCAUGUGCGUGUUACUGCUGGUUUGCAGGAGAUGGGCGGUCGGGUAGUUCUUGUGGCUUCGGGAGGCAUGACGCCUAUGGGCCUUGUUACUGUAUCUACGUUGGCACAUCAAGGGGCUCAUAUCAUCAUGCUCGUCCCUGAUUUGCAAGCAGAUGACGUGAUCCAAAUGGUCCUGCUUCUUCGGGAAAGCACCAUGAGCGAGAAUAUUUUUGCGGAAAAGUGUGAUAUUUGUGACUUAAACUCGAUUACCGACUUUGCUAAGCGUUGGCAUGCGGGGACUCUCGUAACAGGCAAAGAUGGCGUGCCAACUUCGCAGCCCCCUUCGUCCACACCAUCAUCAAGUAAAGCACCUCCAUCAACAACACUCCCUGGUCUCCCAUCACAGCAAGCGCAUCGUGUGGACACCAUUCUAUUCUUGCCCAGUACAGGUGCUGUGGGUGCCUUUGGUGCAUCACACGACGACGUGUAUGAUGUGGACGUGUUAGCACGCUUUCACUUCGUCAAUGCCAUGCUCCCCAGUCUGCUAAUCCUUCCUCCGAAUCGUGACGUGCGUAUCAUCAGCGCUGUGAGUCCAUGGUAUGCUGCAGGACUUGGCCAAUUUGAACGUGUCUCGAUUCCACUGACGAAGCCCUUCUUCGAGCCAUGGACGCGUUUGGGCGCUGCCUCGCUGCAUUGGAUCGUGCUCGCCGCCGAGCUACAGCGCCGCCUUGAUUUACUGGCUGAGGCGGAUACGCGAUCACGUACUCGGUUACCGGACCUGGAAGGCGACGAAGACCAAGUACCUCAGCAUGGCUUGCGUGCACGACGCAGUCACAUUUCGUCGAUUGUGGUGUGCCCUGGCUUUGAAGUCUCAUCACAGCUUCUUUCCUUUUUCCAGACGUAUGGGGCGGGUCGUAUGCACAAAUACAUUUUAUGGAUGCUAUGGCUUCUUUUGGCGCCAUGGUGCUGGAUCAUCGGAAAGCCUACAUCGAGGGCUGCCGAGGCCAUGGUAUGGGGCGCCACGGCGCGUCUCGAGACCGAAUCACGCACCUUACGCCGGAAACACGCGCAGCAAAUGAAGACACCCAGUGUCCUCGACGACGAUGCACUAGCGCGUCAGUGGCCUGGUCUGCAGCCAGGCUUUUUAUACCGCGAGGGCCUUCUGAUCGCACCACCCGUCCCUUCCUCGUACCAAGGGACGGGGGCAGCAGCGUUGUGGCGUGCAACGGAAGAGCGCGUCCAGAAAAAACUCCAGGCCACAAAAGCAUAG